AUGUGGAGUCCAUUCUUGAAUACUUAUACCAAAGCGAUAAGCACUGAUCUCCAUGUUGAUACAAGUCUUAGCUUCUACCAAGUGCCUCAAGCCGUGAUAAAGACUGCCGGUGUCCCAGCAAAUGCUAGUGAGCCAUGGAGCAUAUGGUGGACUCUUGAUAACACCACUGAACUGUCAUAUGUAUACAUGCAUUUCGCCGAGAUCCAAACUCUAAAAGCCAAUGAAGUUAGAGAGUUUAACAUUACUUACAAGGGUGGCAAAACUUGGUACCCCAGGCUCAGGCCUGAACGUCUCGCCAUUACAUCCUUCUCCAAUCCAAAUGCCAUGAGUUCUCCUGAUGGGACAUUUAACUUCACUUUCACAAUGACUGAAAACUCAACUCUUCCUCCGCUUCUCAAUGCCCUCGAGAUUUAUACAGUUGUAGACCUUCUACAGCUUGAGUCAGAUAAAGAUGAAGUUUCUGCUAUGAUGAACAUCAAGAAGACAUAUAAUUUAAGCAAAAAGCUAACCUGGCAAGGAGAUCCAUGUGUUCCUCAGCUAUACAAUUGGGAAGGUGUUAACUGUAGUUAUUCUGAUUCUGAGCCAUCACGGAUCAUAUCCUUGAACUUGAAUGGGAACAAGUUGACUGGUACCAUAACAUCUGACAUAUCCAAGCUAACACAGUUGAUAGAGCUAGAUUUAUCAAAGAACGAUUUAACAGGAGAGAUUCCAGCCUUUUUUGCUGAUAUGAAGUUUUUGAAACUCAUAAACUUGAGCGAAAACCCGAAUCUUAAUAUCACAGUUCCAGCUUCUAUUCAGGAACGGCUUGACAAAAAAUCUCUAACACUUAUUUUGGAUGGUACAAUGAUUCCGCCUGUCAAAGGAAAGAGUAAAAAGGUUCCAAUGGUUGCUAUCGCAGCACCAGUGGCUGGAGUGUUCGCUUUGGUAGUUAUCAUGGCCAUUUUCUUCGUUGUUAGGAAGAAAAAACCAGAAAGCAAUUCAGCUCCAAGACCCCCACCAGUCACUCCGAGUGUAGCUAAAAGUGAGACAAGAUCAUCCAAUCCAUCAAUCAUAUCAAAGGACCGCAGGAUCAUGUACUCCGAGGUAGUAGAGAUGACUAAUAACUUUGCGAGAGUUCUUGGUAAAGGAGGCUUUGGAACAGUGUUUCAUGGAAACUUGGAUGGUACUCAAGUAGCUGUGAAAAUGCUCUCUCAUUCAUCAGCUCAAGGGUAUAAAGAAUUCAAAGCAGAGGUUGAGCUUCUUUUAAGAGUUCACCACAGGCAUUUGGUGGGACUAGUGGGGUACUGUGACGAUGGAGAUAACUUGGCUCUCAUCUAUGAAUACAUGGCCAAUGGAGACCUGAGGGAGAAUAUGUCUGGAAUGCGCGGAAGCAAUGUCCUGACAUGGGAAAACAGGAUGCAAAUAGCUGUAGAGGCAGCUCAAGGAUUGGAGUAUCUGCACAAUGGAUGUAGGCCUCCUAUGGUCCAUAGAGAUGUGAAAACCACCAAUAUCUUGUUGACUGAGCGGUAUGGAGCAAAACUAGCUGACUUUGGUCUCUCGAGAUCUUUCCCAAUCGAUGGUGAAUGUCAUGUCUCAACAGUUGUUGCAGGCACACCAGGCUAUCUAGACCCUGAGUACUACAGAACAAAUUGGCUAAGCGAGAAGAGUGAUGUGUACAGUUUUGGAGUAGUGCUAUUAGAGAUAGUCACAAACCAGCCUGUGAUAGAUAAAACUCGAGAGAGACCUCAUAUCAAUGAAUGGGUUGGGGUCAUGCUCACCAAAGGAGACAUCAGGAGCAUCAUUGACCCAAAACUGAUGGGAGACUAUGACACAAACGGUGCAUGGAAGAUUGUAGAGCUGGCUAUGGCUUGUGUGAACCCGUCUUCUAACCAGAGACCAACAAUGGCACACGUUGUGAUGGAGCUAAACGAGUGUGUGGCCUUGGAAAAUGCAAGGAAACAAGGUACUAACGAGAUGUACUCAAUGGAUUCAUCUAACUAUAGUCUAUCCUCUGCGUCCGAGUUUGCCCCUGGAGCAAGAUAGCUUUAAAAUAUGUUUGAUGUGAAUUUAUAAAAAUUUACUUGGUUUGAAAAAAAGUAAAAUUAUUUGGUUUGCUUUCCCUUGUGAAUAUCCCAGUUUAUGUUUUUUUGCUGAAGCAAUGCACGUUUAAUGUUUUUGAAGAAAUCCA